UUGUUAGUUCCAUUUCGCCUUUCCCUCCAAAUCCCUCUCAGUUUUCCCUCCUAAACUUUCCCUGUCAAUACUCAAAUAUAUGCCCCUUCCUUUGGGUUCUUCACUCCGUUCCUUAAAACUACACCCACAUCCCACCGCAAUGGCCGCCGCAUCCUCUAAAACCAUAACUGAUUUCUUCCAUCCAAAUCCAGCCACAGCAAAGCGUCGGAAGCUAACCACUUCCUCCGAUUAUCAACCACCGUCCUCUCUCACCGCCCAGCAAAAAUCUCGGAUUGAAUUGAACAGAUACUUGGCCAAAUCCAAACGCAAUCUCAAAAUCUGUUCCCAGAAGGUUGAAGGAUCGCGUUAUGUCAAACUGGAGGAACUCUUGUUGGAGGACACUUGGGUUGAGGCCUUACCCGGGGAGCUUCAGAAGCCUUACGCCAUUAACUUGUGCAAAUUUGUUGAGGCUGAGAUAUGCAAUAGCGGCGUCUCUGUUUAUCCUCCCCAGCACUUGAUUUUCAAUGCCCUUAAUUCUACUCCUUUUCACAGGGUCAAAGCAGUUAUCAUUGGUCAGGAUCCAUAUCAUGGACCUGGUCAAGCAAUGGGGCUUUCAUUUUCAGUGCCAGAGGGAGUGAAGAUCCCUUCGAGCCUGGUAAAUAUAUUUAAGGAACUUAAGCAGGAUCUUGGAUGUUCAAUUCCAUCCAAUGGAAAUCUGGAGAAAUGGGCUGUUCAGGGUGUUCUUUUGCUGAACACUGUUCUCACGGUAAGGAAGCAGCAAGCUAAUUCUCAUGCAAAGAAAGGGUGGGAGCUAUUUACUGAUGCUGUUAUUAAGACUAUCUCACAAAAGAAGGAAGGAGUUGUGUUUCUUCUAUGGGGGAACUCAGCUCAAGAGAAAUCAAAGUUGAUUGAUCAGACAAAGCAUCACAUUCUCAAGGCAGCUCAUCCUUCUGGUUUGUCUGCAAAUAGAGGCUUCUUUGGUUGCAGGCAUUUCUCUCGCACAAACCAGCUUUUGGAGCAAAUGGGGACUGAUCCUUUAGAUUGGCAACUUUGAUUUCAAUUUUCUAGAACGGCAAAAGCUUUGGGGAUUUGUUGCAGAAAUUUUGUUGCGAUAUCUCAAUAGGCACA